AUGCCAUCAACAACAUCAGAAGAAUCAUCAUCUUCAACAUCAUUUGAUCCAACUUUAUUCCCGGAUAUUCAUAGAGAUGAUAUAAUUGUUGGUGAACAAUUAGGAGUUGGUAGUUUUGGAGCAGUUUUUAAAGGAACAUGGAAUAUUUCUGAUGGAAAUAUUCGAUCAGUUGCUUUGAAAAAAGUGUUUGUACUUGAAAAAGAAGCUGAAAUAUUAUCAAAAAUUCGGCAUAAAAAUAUUAUUCAAUUUUAUGGAAUUUGCAAAACCACUUCGGAUUUUUUCAUUGUUACGGAAUGUGCUGAAAGGGGCAGUUUAUAUGAUCAUAUUCAUUCGGAUAAAUGUGGAUUCGAACAUUGUUUUGAUGGUUUAAUUGGAUGGGCAUUACAGGUAAAAUUAUUGGAAUAUUUUUGAAAUAUCAAUAGGGUUUUUAUAGAUUGCAAAUGGUAUUCAAUAUUUACAUAAUGAUGCGGUUGAUACAAUAAUUCAUCGUGAUUUAAAAUCAAAAAAUGUUGUGUUGGAUGCUAAUUUGAUUUGUAAGAUUUGUGAUUUUGGAACAUCGAAGGAUUUAACACAUUCUUGCACAGCUCCAACUUGGGGAGGAACAGCUGCCUGGAUGAGGUUAAUUUAUUUUUGAUUUUCAAAUUUGAAAAAAAAAAACGUUAUAGUUCAGCCCUGAAAUGAUAAUGCAAUCAGAGGGAAUUACAACCGCCACUGAUGUUUGGAGUUAUGGAGUUGUUUUAUGGGAAAUAUUAUCGAGAGAAGUUCCAUUUAAGGAAUAUACUGAAUUUCGAAUUUAUUCAAUUGUAACACAACAAGGAAUAAAUUUGGCGAUACCUGAUAGUUGUCCACUUCCAUUGAAAAAUAUUAUGUUGAAUUGUUGGAAAAUGCAACCAAAAGAAAGAAUGAAAAUGAAACAAAUUGUUGGAGAAUUGUCGAAAAUUGAAGGAGAUGUUGUUUUGGAAUUGGAAGAUUGGAGAAUUGAGAUUGAAAAUCAAACAAAGAAUGUUGAAAAGCUACGGAAAGAUUUAGAAAAAAGAAAAGAGAAGUUGGAAAUUCGAGAAAAAGCGUUGAAUCAACGAAUAAAAGUUGAACAAGCUGUGAUGGCUUCAGCAAGACAUCCACCACAAGAUGUUCAACAAUGGAGUGAACAUCAUACAUCACAUUGGAUUGAAAAUAUAUUAAAUAAAUCUUUGUCUGGAGAUCAACGAUUUUUAGAUCGAGUUAAUGCAGCGGUUUUUCGAAAUCGAAUCACUGGCGCAAGACUUCUAGAAAUUACUCAAAACGAUUUGGAACAUCUUGGAGUUUAUAAAUUGGGAAGUCGAAUUGAUGUUAUGAAAGCAAUUGGAAGAUUAAAAGAUCAACAAAAAGCUUUGCAUAAUUUUCCAACACUUGAAGUUGCCAUGAAAAAAGAUUCACAAACUGUAAGAAUUUUUAUUUGUGUAUUGUGUUGAAAGAAAAAUAUUUUUUCAGAAAUCUAGAAGUCCGGGAAAAAUUCCAUCAAAUAUAACACUUGUUUUGCUUUUGGGUGUUUAUAUAAGAAAAAUUGAUGAGAAUCGGAGAAAACUGAAGUUUUAUGUGGAUUCUGAUUGGGGUGAAACAUCGAGUGAUUUGAAAUCAAAAUCAACUUCUGCAUUUAUCAAAACUGUUUGUUUUUCUGUUCUGGACGAUUACACAAAGGUAAGUGCUUUUGAAACAUUCUCAAGCCAGAGGAUUAUUCUUGUAGAAACCAAUCCACGAGCCAGCCUGUUCAAUUUCUUCCGGAAUGACUUCGAAUCCCGAUUGGAUUACUGUAGAAAACAUUCAAAGAACAACAAUUCGAGUGGUUGCAAGUGUUUAUUUUGCCGACAGUGUUGUAUGUUACGAAAUAAUUGAAAAUUUAUGAUUCACAAGGUAAAAAUAAUAUUUUCAGGCGAAUCCUCGAGAAAUUGAAAUUGUAGAAGUUGUUGACAAUCUAAAUGAAAGCCGGAUUCUACAAGAGAAACAAGUUGUUUUGAAGUUUCAUCGGGAUAAUUCAUCGUCUUCUUCAACUUCGACUGAUUCUGGAUUUGUUCAUCAUGUGAGUUGGAUUCUAUUCAUUCCUGUUUUCACACAUUUUACACUGUGUUUCAGACCACAAGUACUCCACAAUUACGAGGAUUCUGGCACAAGAAAAUGAAUAAUCUGAAACAUGGUUUAACUGAAACUGAAUUAUCACGAUUACAAGAAAAUAUGAAACAAUUAGAAGUUCCGAGUGGAAUUGCUGUAACCGGUCGACGAAGAACAUUCACACAUUUGGAAGAAAAUGAUGACGAUACCAAAAAAUCGAAUGAAAAUCUAUUGAAACCUCCGCGAACUCGUCAUCCUCGACCAAAAAGCAAAGACCUUCAUCUUCGAAAACCAAAGUUUACCUAA